AUGUCUAUUUUAUUUACAACAGAAGAAUUGAAAUAAAUCGAACCUCAUCCUUAUGAAUAUGUAUAAACAAAAACAAAAUAUCUAGAGUAAAUGAGUUCUUUUAAUUACACAAAAACAACUUAACUUCCUUUUAUAUCAAUAGCAAAAGCUUAACAUAGAUAAUUAAUGGAUAAAGUCAAAUAUUAUUAAUAUGAAGAGAAAAAAUAAUUACCUUCAUAUAAAUUCAAUACAAUUUUUGAAGAAUAAUCUUAACCUCAAAUCAAUACUGAAGAUGUAAGAUAACAAUAUUUUAAUGAAUUUAUACUGUAACCAAAGGAAGAAGAAAUAUCAAAGAAAGAAAAAGAGAAAAAUAGAUAUCUACAUAUUUGUGGAGUAAUAAAUGCUUAGAAUCAAAUUGAUAAAUAAGAAUAUAAAAAUCAUAUUAAAGAAUUGAAAUAAUUAUAAAGAGAAGUAGAGUAAAUUCAACAGAAAACUAAAAAACCAUAUUAUCCAACAAAAGAGAUGUGUCGUAAUACUAAUUUGAUUAAUAAAUUGGCUACACCUAUGCUAAAUAUGUAUAAUGUAUACUUUAAAGAGAUUUUUGAUGCUUUAAUUGAUGACAUACUUUUAGAAGAGGUAUUAAUUAAUAAUUAAAUUCUAGGUGCAAUUUUUAAAUGAAUAAUAAGAUAAGACUAUGAAUAAUAGGGAAGAACCAGAAAUACCAGAAUUUGAUAACGAAGAGGUUUAAGAAUAAUUAAAUGUUGAUGUUAAAGAUCUCUUAUUAGAACUUGGUAAUAUAAUGGAUGAAUAUUGA